AUGUCUGCCACGCCUUUCCAGACCGAAGCCUGGACGGAAUAUGGCCUUGGGGCUCUUGUUCUGUUCCUGCGUUACUUUGCGAGAUGGAAGACUGUUGGCUUCAAAGGAUACCAAGGAGAUGACUACUUUGCUCUAGCAGCAAUGGUCUUUUGGACGAGCGAGUUGGUCAUGCUGGAACUCAUCGGUCAAUCCGGCACCAACAUUGGCAUUACCGACGAGAUGGGUGCCGAAAUGUCAGCCGCAGAGAUAGCCAAGCGCGAGUUCGGCUCAAAAUGUCUCCUUGCAGGGUGGAACUUUUACGUGACCCUCAUCUUCACCUUGAAGGGGGUGAUGCUUUGCUUCUACAGCCGCAUGACGCUUGGUCUUUGGCAGAGAAAGCUUGUUAUCUGGACGCAGGUCGGUACAGUGCUUGCAUAUCUCGCUGUCAUUGCCGCCAUCUGGGGCCACUGUACUCCCAUACACAAGAACUGGCAGGUUCAUCCUAACCCAGGCGAUUCUUGCACGCUCGCGGUUGCUAACUAUCUCACCCUGGUGGUGUUCAACAUUGUAACCGAUAUACUCAUCGUUUCUAUUCCGAUUCCUCUACUAUGGACAGUAAAGCUCAGCGUCAAGCGAAAAUUAAUGAUUGGCGUUCUUCUCUGUUCCGGUGUCUUCAUCAUGGUCGCAACACUUCUUCGCUGCAUCUUUUCUCUCCAGGAUAUCGAAGGUAUCAACACCUCCACCAUCUGGGCCAUCCGCGAGACCUUUGUCGCCAUCAUCGCCGUCAACGCCGCCGCCAUCAAGCCCCUCUUCUCCGCCUCCCGCUGGCUCGUCUCCAGCAAGGGAAGCAGUCGCGACAAGGGAGGGAGCAGCUACAUCCACAAGCACAAUCAUGCGCUGGCAACGAUCGGAGGAUCUGGUGCUUCGGGUGGUCGUUCUGGGAACCGCCAUCAUCAUAAGUACAUGAGCCACCUGGAUGAUAACUCGAGCGAGGAACACAUCGUCGGCAAGCCCGAGUUUGUAGGAUACAGCACGCCGGAGGUUCGGGCGGGAAGUACAGCGAGCGGGCAGAGUGAUGGCCCGGAUGGGAUCAUGGUCACUCGUACCUACGAAGUCACCCCCGGAAAGUCGACGCUGGAUGUCUGA